UUCCCAUUGCGAGACAUACACUUCGAGUGCUGCAGGACGACGAGGACACCGACAUUGCUAAGGGGCAGCCACGGCGUCGCUGUGGCCAGGAUUGGGCAGCUUCCACGGCUGACCAGCAUUGGCGUAGGCCCGAGGAUCUGCCUGUGGCUCUUGCUCCUGCUUUUGCUCCGGCCUGCUGUCCUGCUCCAGGCCCAAGAUGCACUCCCCGCAGCAGCAACAUCCAGCGCAACAGCAACCACGUCGUCGCAGCAGCAGGCUGGGAUAUCCCGUGGCGCUCCUAGUGGCGGCCAUGGCCCACACCACGCAACUCAUCGUAUUCCAGCCGCAGGAUUUGACCACCAGGCCAACUCCACCACAGCAGCAACAUCAGCAGCCGCAGCAACAUCUGAUGAAGAAGCCACAGAAACAGAAAGAGCAGCAGAGGCAACAACAUCAACUGCCAAGGACGAUGCCGAUGCUGAGCAGAUGCUGCCACAGAUUCCAUCGUAUAUCCGCACAACCGCCAUGUUCUUCUGCAUAGUCAUCAUGCUGCUCGGCGUGGUGGGCAAUGUGAUGGUGCCCAUCGUGAUUGUGAAGACGAAGGAUAUGCGCAACUCGACGAACAUCUUCCUCACCAACCUGAGCAUCGCCGACUUGCUGGUCCUGCUCGUCUGCACACCCACCGUACUCGUGGAGGUCAACACCCGCCCAGAGACCUGGGUCCUCGGGCACGAGAUGUGCAAGGCUGUGCCGUUCGUGGAGCUGACUGUGGCCCAUGCCAGCGUGCUGACCAUCCUGGCCAUCUCGUUCGAGCGCUAUUACGCAAUCUGCGAGCCAUUAAAGGCCGGCUACGUCUGCACCAAGGGGCGGGCCAUCCUCAUCUGCGUUCUGGCCUGGGGCAUUGCUGCGCUCUUUACGAGCCCCAUUCUGUGGGUGGCCGAGUACAAGCUGGCCGAGUACAUUGAUGGAUCGUCGGUGGCCGUGUGCCUAACCCAGGCCAUCACCGAUUGGACGCUCGCCUUCUUCCUGAUGACCAUUUCUGUGUUCUUCGUUGUGCCGUUUGUGACCCUGGUGGUGCUGUACGGCAUCAUCGCUCGGAACCUAGUGUCCAACCGGGCAGCCAUGCUGCGAGCCCGUCCCACAAAGCCGGAACUUAGUCUGAAGGCCCGCAAGCAGGUGGUCCUAAUGCUCGGCGCCGUGGUGCUGUCCUUCUUCGUCUGCCUUUUGCCCUUCCGAGUCCUUACAUUGUGGAUCAUCCUCAGCACGGACCAGACGCUUCACGAUCUGGGUUUGGUGCGCUACUACAGCCUGCUCUACUUCUGCAGGAUAAUGCUGUAUCUCAAUUCCGCCAUGAAUCCGAUUCUUUAUAACCUGAUGUCAACAAAGUUUCGAAGGGGUUUCAAGCGACUUUGUCAGGAUGCUGGAAGUUUACUGCUUCACUUGGUUACUUUAGGGAGAAGGAAGGAGAACUCUUCUCGGGGACGUAGUGGCACCUUGACACUAGGAAUGGGAACCAAUACGAAUACGAAUACAAAUUCCUCUAAUGCCACUGCAGCCACCAAUUCCAGUAUCCUGUCGCGGAGCUCCAAUCGUCGCUGCAGCGAAGAUAUCAGUCGCACCCGCUUGAAGAUUGAGAUGCAGAUGCCAUGUGGCAAUGAUCUGGAGGCCAUGGCCAUGUUGCAACAUUCUGUUUUGGGCAAGGGAAUGGCCAGAAGAGUGAGUGAUAGUCGGUUUAUGACCAUGAGAAACCAGCAACCGCGACGCCACAAACCGCAAAUAAGUUUCGACGAGGAGGCCGUGGAGAGAAUGGAGCUAAAUGAAGGGAAAAUCCAAACAAAAGGUUGGGAAAAUCUACCUAGAGUUGAGGGAAUAGUAAAUCGCCCCGAAGAAGCUGGUCACGAAAAUCCCCCCUAAGCGAGAUGGGCGUGAAAAAUUGCCUGUAACCCGUUUACACACUCGCUUCACUUGGCUGGAAUGUGUCGAUGACGCUGAUCCUGAUUCCUGGCAAACACAAAUCGCUUCCUGAACGCUUUUGGCAGGCAUAAUCGAUUUCAGUCAGCCGUUGACAGCUCCCGAGAAUCCCGAAUCGAACUUGGGCCGCCGCCUUGGACAUUUCCGUACAAAAAACAAUCAAUUUUUCGGGCUAUUAAACUCGAAUGAAUGUGCCAAAGAUAAAUAACAGCAACGGUAGCCAAACAGCACUACAACUACUGGUCAGAGUUUGGAGUCCAGAUAUGGAUUGGGGGUAAGCCAUUAAGCGGCGGUCGUUCAAAUAGGAGGAGGACUGAACUGGACUGGGAUGGGAAAUGGAAAUGGCUUAAUAUGCGUUCGGGUAACCCAUCAAGGCGGGCGGAUAAACAUGAUUUAGGUGUAUUGAAAUAGUUUCCGUAAGCCGGCCAUGUUGCGGACCGGACAAAAUGGUCGCCAUUACACGGGCGGCCAUCACCGGAUGUCCGAAAAAACUGUUGCCUACUUGGCGGCGGCUCAAGUAAAAAGCUUAGCUCAAUAUGCACACAAUGUUCACAUGUAAACACAGUUGUACAUACACAUACACACACUACUAGCUAAAUAUUAAUAUUUAUAUAUUUAUACAAACGUACUUAUAUACAUGUAUACUCUGCUUAUAAAUACGAAAAAAUACACAUCCGCACACGCUCACACACCCAAACA